AUGGUGGAAAAGUCGCCCGAUCUGCGUGAUGAUACGCCUAUGUCGGAAGCCGCUGGCUCUUCGACUGGUCCGUCUGUGGGCCCACGCAACGCGUCGCAAGUGCGAAAUCAGCCAGUGAAGCGUUAUGAUGGUGAGCCACUUACACGUACCGACGUACAACAUGCUAUGUUGUGCUACCUGUUUUCGGACACGCGCCGCGUAUUCACCAACCCGCGACCAGGCACACGCGGUGCACCCAUGUCGUCGUUUGUACAAAAUAUCGAGAAAGGCGAUGAUACGCCGUCCAACGAGGCGGACCGCAAUGCGCUAAAGAACGCCCCGCCAGCUGUGCAAGCGUCUGUGGCUGCCGCUAUGGCUGGUCCCUUUCCGACGUAUGUGUGGCCUUACGGCCAAUCGGCUGGCUCGGCACGGCGUGCUGACGAGUCGCCGGCGGAGCUGGAAGCCUGGAAAGAACGUCGUGAAGCGUACAUGUCGUGGCGUGAUACCAAUUACCCUAGCUCGAUCACGCCCACGGCCGAGCUGGAGGACGAUGCGAAAAACUCCCCAUGGGAACAUCCUGGUGCUGAGAAGCUCACAUUUAAAGAGCUGUAUAUCGAAGCUCUGAUGAACAGCAGCAAAUGUACGAAAAGCAUGCGUGAAAAAUGCUUCCUGGACGAAGAGUAUGCGGAAGACUUUUCGAAAGUCUGUCUUCUUGUGAACGUGGGCCGCAUUAAUACGACGUUGGCCUUUUAUCCGGAAAUGAAGACGAUUCUGCGAAGUUACCAUCCUGUGCCCUCUCUGCAAAAGUCAGAGAACACACGACGUAACAUGCAAGAUGCCCCACGUAUGAAGUCGCUACUGAAAGCUGUGCUUCUUCCCUACGAGCGACCUGGUCCUCCUGGCGGCUCUGGUACCGCUUCGGCGUCUGCCCGACACGACCACGGAGAAGAUACAGAAGAGGUACCCACGGAUCUAGCUGAGGUGGCACGUCGGCUGCGUCGCAGCAACCGGCCUCCCACCUCCGUGGUGACUCUUAUCUUCCUUCUUACGCAGCAAGCGCCCGACGUCAUGGGCCUUCACUUCCCACCGACCCAUGAUAUGCACUCCCUCUUCUUUCCCCAGACACAGUAUCCCAUCUCCGCAAAGGAUCGUGCGAAUACCUUUUUAUGGCUGUUGUACCACUAUUUGGAAGGUCCGGCCGGUCUCUCGCCUGGCGCUCCUGGGACUGAAAAUCCAUUUGACGAUGAUGUGUCGCGGGCGGCACGCAUGGCAGCGCAUGACGCAUGGGUCCAGCAAGGCUCGACGCCGCUGGAUAACAAUCAUCCAUUGUGGCGUGGAUUGCCCAACCCUGAGUAUGCGCAGUGGCGAGAAAAAUAUGAGCACUUGGCCGAAGCUCAGAACGAGCAGUCCACACGUCGUGCAAGCCGAAAACGCCAGGCGGAUACGGAAGAUUUGCCUGUCAUUCCACCCUGCCCUGAAUCGCAUACCCAUCGCCUGUUGAUUCCCUCUCUUCCGAAGAUGAACUUGGACGCAUACCUGCGUGAAGAUCAAGAUCCGCCGGAAGAGGUGGCAUGGGGUAAGCAAAUGCAGGGGGAGCGAAGUGCUUUCCUGGUCCGCUUUCAGGAGGAAGAGCAGGCCAAAGUACUCGCGCAAAGUGGUAUUCUCGAUGAUCCAGAGCAUGGACGUGCUGAUGAGGCAAAGCCCAAGAAGCGGAUUUCUAUGACGACACAAAGUUGCUAUCCGCUUGCGAAUAUCCUUGCGAACGCGGCGGCAGCUGGCUCCCAUGCCGGUGCGCUCACACGCUCGCCCAUUGGCUUUGUCAAGCGCGCACGACUAUCGUCGCGGCAAUCGCAUUCGCGUGAGCGUGGUACACCAUCUGACAUGGUAGAUGGUGAGAAUGAUUCGCAGGGCGAUAGUACGCCUUCUUUGUGGGAUUUGGAUCUCUCUGCGUCCGAUACGCACACCCCCUCGUUGGUCGACGAGGCGUGGGAGCAUGUCAAGUCCAACGACCCCUACGACUCGGAUUCAGAGAUGCCAUCUGAUACGGAGGCGCCACUGGCACGUACACUUCUUGUUCUCCGACGUAUCCGAGAGACGCGUGGUGACGUUGAUGGCGUGUCGUCCAGUGUCUCAGCCACGUCAGCGUAG